UGCUUGGCUUGGUGGUGGCUGACAGAAAGCUGCUCUCCGCCAAUAGGCUGCCGGGAAAUCAGCUGACCGGUGUGGCCAGCGCCAGGUGUUUUUAUCGUUUGUGUUUGUGUUUUUUUUCUGUCGGGAGUGCUAGCAGGGUGACAAUUGCUCGGUGGAGGCUAACGGCAGGUUGGCUCAUCUCUCCGCUGACCGCCAUGCAUCCUUGGGGCUGAUAAGACACACCGCCAGCAGAGGAAUACACGGUUCAUGCUGCUUUUGUUGUUGACGAUAAUUAGAGAAUUUAUUGUCGUUUGGUGGCAUCGGGCUGCCCUUUUGGGAUGAAGGAUCUACGCCUUUAACGACAUUGACAUGGAAAGACAACAAGAGUCUUCUGUGCCGCAAUCCUGCUAUUGAAGACACCAUUUGGCUGGUACUCCUGGUACUUUCACUCGCUCAGGAUUCAGUGAAAGAUCUGGUUGAUGACUGUUGAGGUACUCUCACCAAAAGUCAGCUGCCCUGCAACCUGUCCUUCCGCAGCAUGGCUAGAUGGAUGUUAGAUUGCUUUGGUCCGGGCCAGAUUUUGGCUGUACUGAUUGUGGUAUCAACAAGGAUAUCCCUUGUCCAAAACAGUGAUUGCCCCCAGCUGUGUGUGUGUGAGAUCCGACCUUGGUUCACCCCACAAUCCACAUACAGAGAAGCUAUCACUGUCGACUGCAAUGACCUACAUUUGACACGUAUCCCAGGGAACCUCUCGAGUGAUACUCAGGUUCUUCUUCUACAAAGUAACUACAUCGCCAGAACCAGCGAGGAGCUGGAACAGCUUUUCAACCUCACUGAGCUGGACCUAUCCCAGAACAACUUCAGUAAUAUUCGGGAUGUUGGCCUCAUCAAUAUGUCACAGCUCACAACACUGCAUUUAGAAGAGAAUCAGAUCACAGAAAUGCCCGAUUACUGUCUGCAAGACCUCAGCAAUCUACAGGAGCUCUACAUUAACCACAAUCAGAUUAAUACUAUUUCCGCAAACGCUUUCUCCGGACUACACAAUUUGCUAAGGCUUCAUCUCAACUCCAACAAGCUUAAGAGCAUCAACAGCCAAUGGUUUGAAUCAACGCCAAAUCUAGAGAUCCUCAUGAUUGGGGAAAAUCCUGUUAGUGGAAUUAUAGAUUUUAACUUCAAGCCUCUGGGCAACCUGAGAAGCUUGGUCUUGGCAGGGAUGGAUUUGACAGACAUUCCUGGAAAUGCGUUUUUGGGUCUAGACAACUUGGAAAGCCUCUCGUUCUACGACAAUAAGCUGGUUAGAAUUCCCCAAAAAGCCCUUCAAAAACUACCUAAUCUCAAAUUCUUGGAUUUAAACAAGAAUCCUGUGCACAAGAUCCAGGAAGGAGAUUUCAAGAACAUGCUAAAGCUAAAAGAGCUGGGUAUAAACAACAUGGGUGAGUUGGUUUCAAUAGACCGCUGUGCUCUGGAUAAUCUUCCUGAGCUCACUAAGCUGGAAGCGACAAACAAUCCCAAGUUCUCCUUCAUCAACAGUCAUGCCUUCCAUGAUGUCCCAGCCUUGGAGAGUUUAAUGCUGAACAACAACGCCCUAAAUGCCCUCUACCAGUCCACUGUAGAUUCUCUUCCCAACCUGCGUGAGAUCAGCGUCCACAGCAACCCCUUUCGCUGUGAUUGUGUUAUUCAGUGGAUGGCCGUCAACAAGACUACCGUUCGUCUCAUGGAACCUUUAUCCAUGUUUUGUGCCUUGCCAGCAGAGGUAAGGGGUAGGCAUGUGCAGGAGGUUCUGCAGAAGAGCUUAGCAAACAAGUGCUUGCCGAUGAUUAGCCAUGAUACCUUUCCCAGUCACUUCAACGCAGAUAUCGGUACGACUGUAGAUCUGGACUGCAGAGCCAUGUCCCAGCCCGGGCCAGAAAUCUAUUGGGUGACACCGACUGGGAGCAAAGUCAUGAUCGACACGCCGUCUGACAAGUACAGUCUCAGCAGUGAAGGUACAUUGAGGAUUUCUCAUAUGCAAGUUGAAGACUCUGGCAGGUACACCUGUGUGGCUCAGAAUUCAGAAGGAGCUGACACCAGAGUGACAGCCAUACGGGUGAACGGCACUCUGUUGGACAGCACUCAGCUUAUGAAAAUGUAUGUCAAACAGGCAGAGUCCCACUCAAUUCUUGUCUCCUGGAAGGUUAACUCCAAUGUGAUGACCUCCAAUCUGAAGUGGUCAUCUGCCACCAUGAAAAUUGACAACCCACACAUUACAUACACUGCCAAAGUACCUGUGGAUGUACAUGAGUACAACCUGACACAUUUACAACCAGCAACCGAGUACGAGGUUUGCCUGACUGUCUCCAACAUCCACCAACAAACACAGAAGUCAUGUGUGAACGUGACGACAAAACAAACGACCUUCGCCGUAGAGGUAUCCGACCAAGUGACCAACAACGCUCUUGCGGCAGUUAUGGGGACAAUGUUUACCAUCAUCAGCCUGGCCUCUUUGUGUGUAUACAUCGCUAAGCGGUGGAAAAGGAAAAACUACCAUCAUUCCCUGAAAAAGUACAUGCAGAAAACCUCGUCAAUACCCCUGAAUGAACUGUAUCCUCCGCUGAUCAACCUGUGGGAGGCGGACAGUGAAAAAGAGAAAGAGGGCUCCUCCGAGAGCAAACUCAGCCAGGUGGACACCACACGCAGCUACUACAUGUGGUGAGAGCGAACGCUCCUUUUUUGAGAGACAUUUGUCACAAGCACAUGGGGUAUAUGUGCAUGUCAGCGUAAACUACCUUAUCUUUUUCAUACUUUAUAUUCUUUGGUUCUCUCAGUCAUUUCGGCUCCUUAGUUUAACACAUUGCCUUUUUAACCCCUGCCUAUUUUGACAGGCACUGGCAGCUUUCUUUGUCUGACUGAAUAAAGUAGACACUUUGUUUUAUUUUUAGUACGGGUUAUGAGAACACAGCAUGAGAUAUUGUCACAGUUUCAGUAGACGUGUUAAUUCCACACUUUCUGAUCUAACUUGUUUCCCUAGCAGGAGUGUUAGCUUCUCUUGUAAAGCCGUUUCACUAUUGACAGUUGUGCACUGAAAUAUAUACACCGACUUGUCGAAGAACGCAAAUGUAAGCUGACAAAGUAUGUUUAGACUCGAUAUUCUGUCUAUUGAACAACGUGAGCAGUUUCUAUGUAAUGUUGUAUCAAUGACUUCAUUUACUUUUUGUACAUUGAUAAUCAUGUUUGAGUUAGGCUUUGCAGAGCAACUAAACCUGUAAACCAGCAGCAGAAACACGAAUGUUCUCAAUUAGGUGAAUUGAUGUACUGUAAGGCUUUAUACAUCUUGAAUAUUUCUUACCUUGCUAGAAUAUGUCUACAAUCACUUACUUUUUUGUGGUUUACACACAAACAUGUUGUUUAUUGAGGAAUAAAUGAAAUAAAAUCAUCUUUCAUCUUAUUUUUCAAA